AUGGCGGCGGUGGGGCUCUGCCUGUGCCGGGCGUUGCUGGCCCGCCGCGGCGGCGCUCUGCGGAACCUCUGCGGCUCGGUGCGGGGCCUCGCCGCGGGGCCGGAGACGCAUUUCGGCUUCCAGACUGUGACGGAGGAGGAGAGGAGGGAGAAAAUUUACCAGGUGUUUCAAAGUGUAGCCAAGAAAUACGACGUAAUGAACGAUUCAAUGACUCUAGGGAUUCAUCGAAUAUGGAAGGAUAUCUUUGUACAUAAGAUGAACCCUUGCCCAGGAACCCUUCUUCUUGAUGUUGCUGGAGGAACUGGUGACAUUGCCUUCAGGUUUCUCAAUUAUGUUCGCUCUGCGCGGGAGGGCCAGCUCCGGCAGAAGCUGAGGCAGCAGCAGAACCUAUCCUGGCAGGAGAUUUCUCAGAGUUACCAGGAAGACAAAUUGAAGUCACUAGGGGAUUCCCAAGUGGUGGUCUGCGACAUCAACAGAGAGAUGUUAAAAGUUGGGAAGCAGAAGGCACAGCAUCUUGGCUACUCGGAAGGUUUGUCCUGGGUACUUGGGAAUGCUGAAGAGUUGCCUUUUGGUGAUGAUAAGUUUGAUGUUUACACAAUUGCCUUUGGAAUCCGAAAUGUAACUCAUAUUGAUUUGGCACUUCAGGAAGCUUAUCGUGUGCUGAAACCAGGAGGAAGAUUUCUCUGUCUUGAAUUUAGUCAUGUCAGCAACCCUCUUCUUUCCAGGCUCUACGAUCUGUACAGCUUCCAGGUGAUCCCUGUUCUGGGUGAGGUUAUCGCUGGGGACUGGAGGUCUUACCAGUAUCUCGUGGAGAGCAUCCGACGCUUCCCCCCUCAGGAGGAGCUGAAGGCAAUGAUAGAAGAUGCAGGCUUCUUCAAAGUGGACUAUCAGAAUUUGAACUCUGGUAUUGUUGCCAUUCAUUCAGGUUUCAAACUGUGAGUUGGUUAUGGAGCAAAGCGCAGGAAGGGUAAUUCUGAGGAAUGUGAAAGUCAUGUGAUUUUAAGGCUAUCAAGAUUGACAAGUUCUAAGAACCUGUGCAGCAUGUACUUGUUCAGCAGCCAGACCUAGAAGAACAUCAGCUACCCUUUUCUCCCUCAAGAAACCUAUGGAUGGAGUGACUCCCAAGGGGUUUCUUACGCUGGCGUUGUCAUUCAGGUGCAACAUAAAGGACGUGGCCAAAACUUGGUAAUGCAAACAAAUUAAGCAAAUGCAGUUGCCCGUGGUGCAAAUGCAGAAACUGACUGACUGUUCUUUGAGUCACAGCAGUGAGAACUUGGGUUUAUUAGAUUUUGAUUAAGCUGUCAUUAUAUUUGUCACGUGGGCUUGUAAAGGUUUUUUGCCAUGAUUCCUUCUUUCAAAGGCAAAUGAAAGGCUGGCAAAAUAAACCAGCUCUGCAUCAACUAGCUUGGUCUUCAGAUGCUGUGGAUUGGGGGAGGGCAACAGAGAUGGGAAGGUUCCUUCUUCAUUCACAGCAGAGUAAAUAGGGUAAUGCAACCACUAAGGGGGCAGAAGGGUAGAGCAAUUGUUAAAGGAUGAACUUCCAACAGUUUUAUUAGCAAAGAAGCUAUCUUUUCGAAUAAAAUAAA